AAUGAAUUCAAUCAACUUGCAAGAAUGCCAGAGGACCCAGCUCAGCGUCAAUCAUGAUAAGUCACGACUCAUUAUUACGGCUCUCCCGGCGGAGGUUUUGGUUAACAUUUUGAAGCACCUUUCUUUGAAUGAUCUCAUGAGGUGCAAACAGGCGAGUUUUAGUUAGAAGCAGUUCGCUUGCCCUUCGUUCCCCCUCGCUCCUCACGUUUUUAUCAUACAUUUUUAUGGUUCUUAUAUAAGUGACGUUCGUAGGCAACUAAAGCCUUUCUCUAUGUCAUCGAGGGGUCGUUGGUUCUCCAGUAUAACAUCGAGCGCGAAACUUACCUUCUUGCCGGUAGCACUGCGGAUCCAGAUCAUCUCUCUAUGGCAGAGAAACUUACGAGUCUUCGUAGGCGGGAAGUUGGAUGGGCUAAUUUGAAAUGGCAGCCUCAAACAUAUACCAUUUUGGCUAAUCCACGGCCCCGCCGUUUCACUUCCGGGGACACAAUAUCAUACAAGCUGCAACAUGGAUUCUUUGCGUAUGGGUACUACACAUCCAACAUGUUGGAUGACCCUGAUUGUUUAUCGCUCCACCCCCUUCCGAGAGUCGCGGAUCGCCUUUCGAAUUCAAAGGGUCACGGAUUAUCAUCCGCACUGCUCGGGUCAAUUGAUUCUGAGCGUCAGAUGUACCUAGAAGGUGGAGAUGGCGAUGACGUUGAGAUAGACUGGUCCCAAACACCUAUUCUCCACCGCCUCGGCUUCGAGUUUCUGGACUUCAGUAUCGAUCCGGAACAGAAUUUGGCCAUUUACGUUUGCGACGACUUGGAUAAGGUGUUUGUCAGAAUAAGGCAAAUGUCUGAUAAUGGCUUUCACCCGAUGGCCCAAUAUGAGACUCUCGAUGCUUGCCCGCUGGUUGGUCCUACGCACAUUCUUGUUGAGAUCUUUGGCGACUUUGUCGGCGUCAUGGUACGGGAUCUUUUGGAUGUGGAUCGGUAUUUUCGGAUUUGGAAUUGGAAGACAGGGAUAUGUCAAUGUAGGUCUAUUCAUUUAGACCUUGUCAUUACGACGGUCCCCCUGUAAAACUUUGCCUUCCGUCUCAGCAUGUCGCGACAUUCGAAUUACCCGAUUUCUUCCCCAAGUUGACGUAUUCACACAUCUCGCCGUUGCA